UUUAUGUUUCUUAUAAUCUUAAAAACCUUUUUAUAUAAAGGUGUAUUCUUAAAUGAUUGAAAUUAGUUUUGUAGACAAAUCUAAAAUGUAUUAUUAUUAUGAUUAUUAUUAUAAAACAAAAGAUAUAAUUUAAAUAUGUUUUUAAUAGACCAGGACAGGAGGAUGGAGUAAAGGCAGUCAACAAGUACCCAGCAUGAAGUUGCUUAUAAGAAUAUGAUAAGAGCUGUUCUCAAGACAGUGGGGAUUUGUUUAACUUUUUUGGUCACUAGGCUACAUAAUUCCAAUACUUCCAUUUGAGCUAUUUCAUAUUUCCGAGAACUUCACUUUUAUUCUAAAAUGUGAAAUAAUAAAGAUCUUGAUCGGUAUAUACAGAGGAUAAAAACGUUAGGCUAUAGUUAAUGGUAAAUAGCCUACAUUUCGUUUCUGAGAAAAGUCAGGGGACGUUACCAUCCCAAACUACAAAUACCAGCAUGCAACAGAACAAAACACUGCCUCCCCCUCGACUGCUCGGCAUGGCUUUUUGGCACUCCCCGGCGGGCGAUUGGUGCUGAAAGGCUUCAUUGUGACGGGGAUUGAAUGAGGGGGUGUUUGCGUUUAGUAGAAGUCCGCCAGUGAUCAUCCACACAUCCUGCCCGAGCCAUGCGCGUUAUCAUGCCGCAAACCUCCAGCGGUGCAUUUAUUGUGCAUGAUCCAGAUAAAUGCGCUGUGCUUCUGAACCGCUGAGUGAACGAUGCUCCACAUCUCCGACUCCGAGGAAUGAACGGAGGGCCCGACAGAUAUGGAAUUACAAUGUAGGGAUGCUAUUGUCGAAGUCUCGCCUCUGAUACAGAGCUUGCGGGUUUGCAUCGAUGGAGAGAGCGUCUAGUCGCCAGUGAAAAUCGUUUCGCUUGCUUUUUGUCUCUUGGUUACAUUUUGGAGUUCAUUACAUUUUUCGAAAGGGUUUACCGUCGCUGGGCAUCACCAUCGGGAGCAGACAAAACAUGGGGAACGCAGAGAGUAUAGAUGCUCAGCUCACAGAUUUCAGGGCGAGGGGCAACAAACCCCCUAAAUUGCCCAUGCCGGACCCCGCCGAACUGGAGGAGAGAUUUGCAGUUGCAUUGAACUCUAUGAACCUUCCUCCAGAUAAAGUGAGGCUCCUUCGACAAUAUGACAACGAAAAGAAAUGGGAGCUGAUCUGUGAUCAGGAGCGGUUCCAAGUGAAGAAUCCUCCUCAUACAUAUAUCCAGAAGCUCAGAAGCUUUCUGGACCCUGCCGUCACCAGGAAGAAAUUUAGAAGGCGUGUUCAGGAGUCAACUCAGGUGCUCAGAGAACUUGAGAUAUCUCUUCGGACCAAUCACAUCGGGUGGGUGAGAGAGUUUCUCAAUGAGGAGAAUAAGGGGCUUGAUGUACUAGUGGAGUACCUGUCCUUUGCCCAGUAUGCUGUCACGUUUGAUGGAGAUGUAAUGGAGAGCACCACAGGUGAGGUGUCUGUGGAGACCCCCUGGAGCAGGUCUAUAGAAGAUCUCCAUGGCGAUAGUAAUCUACCCUCACCAGUCAGCGGCAGCAGCAUACCACGAUCCACACGGCACUCCUUAAGGUCGAAUACUUUGCCUAGUCGCAGAACUCUGAAGAAUUCCCGUCUGGUGUGUAAAAAGGAUGAUGUUCAUGUCUGCGUAAUGUGUCUUAGAGCCAUUAUGAACUACCAGUAUGGCUUCAACAUGGUCAUGUCCCAUCCCCAUGCUGUCAAUGAAAUUGCUCUGAGCCUUAACAACAAAAACCCCAGGACCAAAGCACUCGUCCUGGAGCUGCUGGCCGCUGUGUGUCUGGUCAGAGGAGGACACGAGAUUAUCCUUGCUGCUUUUGACCAUUUUAAAGAGGUCUGCUCGGAAUCCCAAAGGUUUGAAAAAUUGAUGGAACACUUCAAAAACGAAGACAACAAUAUUGAUUUCAUGGUGGCGUGCAUGCAGUUCAUCAAUAUUGUGGUGCACUCAGUAGAGGACAUGAACUUCCGAGUUCAUCUUCAGUAUGACUUCACCAAGCUCGCUUUGGAUGACUAUCUAGAGAGACUGAAGCACACUGAGAGUGAUAAACUCAAAGUGCAGAUCCAGGCUUACUUGGAUAAUCUGUUUGACGUGGGAACGCUUCUAGAGGACGCAGAGACCAAAAACGCUGCCCUGGAACGUGUAGAAGAACUGGAGGAGAGUCUCUCGCACAUGACUGAUAAGCUUUUGGAAACAGAGAAUGAGGCCAUGUCUAAAAUCGUGGAGCUUGAGAAGCAGUUGAUGCAGAAGAACAAAGAGUUGGACACCGUACGGACCGUGUACCGUGACACCAGCUCACAGGUUCAUACGCUCCGACGGAUGGUUCGUGAGAAAGAUGAGACCAUUCAGAGGCAGUCCACGCUUGAGAAGAAGAUUCAUGAGCUAGAGCGCAGAGGCAGUCUUCAGAUCCAGGUGAGGGGUGAGGGAGAUGGGGAAGGAGACGUGUCCCCGUUGCCGUCACCUCCUCAGCCCAUGACUCUUUCUCCCUGCCCUGAUGCCAUGGCCGGAGCCUGUGCCAGUGCAGUAUACAGCUCUGGCAGCAUUUCCCACACUGGCACCCUUCGGGCAAUGGCCACACCUCCUCCUCCUCCUCCCCCUCCACCACCACCGAUGCCAGGUUCCUCUUUUCCUAACGGAUCUUCGGCAGCUCUCGCACCUCCGCCACCUCCCCCUCCUCCUCCUCCACCUCCCCCUCCUCCCCCUCCUGGGCAUUCAAUCGAGAUCUCUGCUCCCUUACCCCCACCACCACCUCCCUGUGCUCCUCCCCUCCCAGGCAGCGGCACGCCCACUGUCAUAUUCAACUCUGGUUUGACAGAUGGACCAAUCAAGCUCUUCUCCGUGAAAAUUAAAAAGCCAAUCAAAACCAAGUUCCGCAUGCCAGUGUUCAAUUGGGUGGCGCUGAAGCCCAAUCAGAUCAACGGCACUGUCUUCAAUGAAAUUGAUGACGAGAGGAUCCUAGAGGAUCUGAACGUGGACGAGUUUGAAGAAAUGUUUAAGACCAAAGCCCAGGGUCCUGCUGUUGACUUAACGAUGCAAAAGCAGAAGGCUCCUCAGAAGGGCCCGAAUAAAAUGUCACUGCUGGAAGCCAACAGGGCAAAAAACCUCGCCAUCACACUCCGCAAGGCAGGGAAAAGUCCAGAAGAGAUCUGCAAAGCAAUCCAGACGUUUGACCUGCGUACAAUGCCAGUAGAUUUUGUGGAGUGUUUGAUGCGGUUCAUGCCUACUGAGGGUGAAGUAAAGGUGCUCCGCCAGUAUGAGCGGGAACGGCGGCCGAUGGACGGGCUCACUGAUGAAGACCGCUUCAUGAUGCUCUUCAGCAAGAUCGAGAGGCUGCCACAGCGGAUGACCAUUAUGGCCUUCAUGGGCAACUUCAGCGACAGCCUGCAGAUGCUCACACCGCAACUUCAUGCAAUCAUUGCAGCAUCUGUAUCCAUAAAAUCAUCUCAGAAGUUGAAGAAAAUCCUAGAGAUCAUUUUGGCCCUGGGGAACUAUAUGAACAGCAGUAAAAGGGGAGCAGUUUAUGGAUUCAAGCUUCAGAGCUUGGAUCUGCUGUUGGAGACCAAGUCCACAGACAGAAAGCAGACACUGUUGCACUACAUAGCCAAUGUGGUGAAGGAGAAAUAUCCUGUUGUUAGUGUUUUCUACAAUGAGCUGCACUAUAUUGAGAAAGCUGCUGCAGUCUCUCUGGAGAAUGUUCUCCUGGAUGUGAAGGAGCUACAGAGAGGAAUGGAUCUGACCAGAAGAGAGUACAGCAUGCAUGGCCACAAUACUCUACUCAAAGACUUCAUCCACCAUAAUGAGGCCAGGCUGAAGAAACUCCUGGAUGAUGCUAGGAUUGCACAGGAUGCCUUUGACGAAGCUGUAAAGUUCUUCGGGGAGAGCGCCAAGACCAUGCCACCCUCUAUGUUCUUCCCUGUGUUUGUUCGCUUCAUCAAGUCCUAUAGGCAAGCGGAUGAAGAGAACGAGCAGAAGAAGAGGCAGGAGCAGCUGUUGAUGGAGAAACUUCUGGAGCAGGAGGCCAUGAUGGAAGAGCAUGAAAAUCAGCAGUCACCAUCUCACAAGGGUAAGCGGCAGCAGCAGGAGCUCUUAUCUGAAUUAAGGAAGAAGCAAGGCAAAGACAGCCGCCACGUCUACGAAGGCAAAGAUGGAGCCAUUGAGGACAUCAUUACGGUGCUGAAGACCGUCCCCUUUACAGCGCGAUCAGCCAAACGUGGCUCGCGGUUCUUCUGUGACCCCGCCCUCUCCGAGGACUUCCAUUACUAAACUAAAUUCUCUCCCCUCAGAAAGACCUGCGCAGUCAACCCUUCCGACGGGCCGACGCCCUGAGGAGGAGUGGGAGGAGGAACUUGGAAUCACAACACCUUCAGCUGCUCAACAUGGAGAUCACCACCUGCUAGUCAAGCAUGUCUCGCAUUGAGGACAGAGGGUGGGCCAGUUCCAUCAAUGAAAAAAAGAACACAAAUAGCACAAAACAUCUUCAUUAAAUUAGGACUAUGGAAGAUGAACCUUAGUGUUAUCUAGGGGACAUUUCUGCUUUAUGAAGUGGCACGCCUGGGAUCAGUUCACCCUGGUUGUAAUGGACUAAACUGCUCAAAAGAUCUCAAAUUCUGGACCUACACUGUUGUUGGUUGUGGACUCUACAAAUGGACGUUGUGCAGGAAGAUGUGGUGUGAUGUAUCUUGGUGCUGUCUUUUGUGUUUCACACUGUUCAGCUUUGAGAGAUUGUGUAUUAAAUACAAGGACAGAACAGAUACAGGAAGAGCAGAAACAUAGCCUUGGAUUGGCCCAUUUAUGUCAUUUUGAUUACUACCAAACUCCAAGCUGAGCAGCUUUUUCUGAGGGACUUUGGACUAUUUACAAAAUGCACUUUUUAUUUUAUUUUAUUUUUUAACAUUUGAACUUUGAUCAUCUUAAAACAAAAAGAACUUUAAUUUUUAAAAAAACAUGGAUGAAGAGCACAAGGGAGAUUUGGACAUUGAAUCUCUGUGGACUGAAACGUCCCAUGAAGUGUUGAGAAAAAAUGUUUACUACUAAACAUUCACAGCCAGUAUGACAUUGCACGUACGUCUCAUUAUAAACAGAUUUCCUCUCCCACUGGUUUUAUCUCAUGUGACGUUUGUGAGCUGUGGAAAAACAAAAGAUAUUUCAUUGGAUGAAAGAAAAAAGUCUUUUUUUUAAUGUACAGAUAUUUUGCUACGAAAUUUUUUACAUUGUUCAUCCAUUGUGGUGCUGUACAUAUUGUCUAAACAAACCAACAUCUCCUGCAAUAUCACUGAAAUGUUAUUAACUUUUAUGUUUUGUUUUUUUUAGUAUAACAGUAUUAUUUAAUUUGAUGGUGAAGACAGUGAAUCAACUUACUCUGUGACCUGGAUUGCUCUCUCAUCACUAUUGUUGCAUAUGGUAAAUGUCUGUGGUUGCACGUAACACUUGAAAGCUUGAAGAGACACUAGUGGCACAUAUAACUUUUUUUCUACUUUGGUCUCUUAAAACAAACUGGAAUCAAUGGAUGUGUGCAAAUAAAGCAAUGACACCAGCACCGUUAAAAAAAAGCCA